AUGGGGCUCUCUCUCUCUUUUCCUUUCAAUUGUCGUCUCUCUCUCUUUUCCUUUCAUAAUAUACUCUCUCUCUUUUCCUUUCAUAGCUUCCUCUCUCUCUCUCUCUCUUUUCCUUUCAUAUGCGUGACUCUCUCUCUUUUCCUUUCAUGGUGUGGCUCUCUCCUUUUCCUUUCGCGGCGUGACUCUCUGUCUUUUUCUUUAUAUAUGCGUGACUCUCUCACUUUUAUCUUUCAUCCUUGUGUGACUCUCUCUCUCUCUGUUCCUUUCACUCUCUCUCUCUCUCUCUCUCUGUUUCCUUCCAUGUGUGUGACUCUCUCUCUUUUCUUCCAUGUGUCCUCUCUCUUCCUCACUCUCUUAUCUGUUUCUUUCAUUGUGUGUCACUCUUCUCUCUUUUCCUUUCAUUUUGUGACUCUCUCUUUCCUUUCAUAUCAUGACUCUCUCUCUUUUCCUUUCAUAGCGACAUUUCUCUCUCUUUUUCCUUUGAUUAGCCGUUAUCUCUCUUUCUUUUCUUUUUUCAUUUUAAUUUCUCUCUCUCUUUUCCUUUCCUUUAAACAGGAAAUAAGACUCUCUCUCUUUCCUUUUCCUCCCAUAGCCGUGACUCUCUCUCUCUUUUUUCCUUUCCCUUUCAAUCACUCUCUCUCUCUCUUUUCCUUUCAUAGCUCUUGCUCUCUCUCUCUUCCUUUCAUAAAGCGUGACUCUCUCUCUUUUCCUUUGAGAAUCCUCUCUCUCUCUCUAUUUCCUUCCUUAGGAAAGCUCUCUCUCUCUCUUUUCCUUAACAAAACUCUCUCUCUGAAUUUGACUCUCUCUACAAAAGAAAAGACAAGAACUCUCUCUCUCUCCUCUGGUUUUCCUUUCAUUUUAAUGACUCCUCUCUCUCUCGCUUUUCAUUUCAUAGCCGUGACUCUCUCUCUUUUCCUUUCAAGAGUGACUCUCUCUUUUUCCUUUCAUGGCUUUAAGACUCUCUCUUUUCCUUUUCAUAGCCGUGACUCUCUCUAUCCUUUCCUUUCAAAACCUGACUCUCUCUCUCUCUCUCUCUUCCUUCCUUCCAUAGCCGUGACUCUCUCUCUUUUUCUUGCCUUUCAUAGUGUGACUCUCUCUCUCUCUGUUUCCUUUCAUGGCAUGUUACUCCUCUCUCUCUCUCUCAAGGACAUUGCCACAUCUUUAUAUUACACAUUGAAUCGGUACAAAAACUCUCUCUCUCUCUAUUUCCUUGACAAUAGCGAAAAAACUUUCUCUAAAACUCUCAUGAUUUACUCUCUUUUUUCCCUUUCAUUGCGGCUCUCUCAUUUUUUCCUUUGUGAGUGUCUCUCUCUCUUCCCCUCCAUUCUAGACUCUCAAAAUUCUUCCUUUCAUAGCGUGACUCUGUCCGUGACUCUCUCUCUUUUUCCUUUCAUCUCUGUCUCUCCUUCUUCCUUUCUGUUUGUUUUCUCCUCUCUCUCUAUUUCUCUGUUCUCUCUCCCUCUCUCUUUUCCUUUCUGUCCUUUUGACUCUCUUUCUCUCUGUUCUUUUCCUUUCUCUUUCUCUCACUUUCUCUCUCUCUCACUUUCCUUCCUUUCUCUCUCUCUCUCUGUUUUCCUUUCUCCUUUCUGUCUCUUUCUCUCUCUCUUUCCUUUCACUGUCGUUUCUCUCUCUCUCUCUGUUCCUUUCAGCUCUUUCUCUCUCUCUCUCCUUUCUCUCUCUGUCUCUCUCUCUCUCUGUUCCUUCCAUAGCGUGACUCUCUCUCUCUCUCUGUUCCUUCCAUCUCUCUCUCUUCUCUCCCUUUCCUCUUCUGUUCGCAUCCCUCUCUCUCUCUCUAUUUCCUUCCAUCGCUCUCUCUCUCUCUCUAUUUCCUUCCAUAUCCUCUCUCUCUCUCUCUCUCUCUCUCUGACUCUCUCUCUCCUUUCUCUUCUCUUUUCUUUUCCUGGCAGUGACUCUCUCUCUCUCUUUUCCUUUCAUAGCGUGACUCUCUCUCUUUUCCUUUCAUAG